CGCGCGAGAACGGUCAGUUCCCUGCUCAUCACUCAAGUUGGAAAGAGUUGUGGCGCGAGUCCAGUUACAUCACCAGCAGCCUUUAAAAAGGCCGCCAGCCCACCGGUGGAGGUAGAACGGAGACACAGCAGCGCGAGGCGCACAUCUCUCUGCUAACCGGACCGCGCGAGGACGCAGAUGGACCUAAAUUACAGCCCGAAGAUGAGAAAACCCAGGACACCAUGCAACAGGAUAAAGCUGUUCGUCCUGUGCCACGGGCUCCUGCAGUUCUCUCAGCUGCUCUACAGCGCCUACUUUAAGAGCACCAUCUCCACCAUUGAGAGACGCUACGGCCUGAGCAGCUACUCCUCGGGAACCAUUUCCUCUCUCAACGAGGUCAGCAACAGCCUCCUGAUUGUGUUUGUGAGCUACUUCGGCAGCCGGGUUCACCGUCCUCGCUUCAUUGGCGCCGGCGGACUUCUGAUGGCCGUUAGCGCCAUGAUCCUCACCUUACCUCACUUUCUGUCGCAGCCCUACGAGUACGACUCGGUUUUACACAAUCGCCACGACAUCUGCAACCCACACAACAACUCGACCAGCACAGAGUCCUGUGGCCGUGAAGACUCCAGGCUACUGGCUGACACCAACAAGCUGUGGGUCCUCAUGCCCAUCGCUCAGCUGCUCUUCGGCGUGGGCUCGGUGCCCAUCCAGCCCUUUGGCAUUUCCUACAUCGAUGAUUUCGCAGGACGACAGAACUCCCCCCUCUACAUAGCCAUCCUGUUUGCCGUAUCAGUAUUUGGACCUGCUAUUGGCUACCUGCUGGGCUCAGUCAUGCUGCGGAUCUAUGUGGACGUGGACAGAAGUGGUUUGGGUGCAGAACAGGAGCUGAGACAAGGCGAUCCUCGCUGGGUGGGGGCUUGGUGGAUGGGUCUGCUUAUUGCCACCGGCUGCCUGGUCCUGACCUCCAUCCCUUACUUCUUCUUCCCUCGCCAAAUGGAUUCAGAGAGGACCGAGAGUGAGACUGACUCAAACAAUGACUUAAAGAACAAGGAUAUGUCUUUACUUGAAUUCCUUAAAUUGUUUCCUAGAAUAUUUAUCCGCCUGCUGUUGAGUCCUCUUUUCCUCUUGCUGAUCCUGGCCCAGUGCUGUUUUUCCUCCGUCAUAGCAGGCCUAGCUACCUUCCUUAACAAGUUCCUGGAGAGACAAUACGGGGCUUCAGUUGCCUACAGUAGCCUGCUAGUAGGCGCUGUCAACCUCCCGUCGGUGGCUGUGGGGAUGCUGAUCGGUGGCGUGGUCAUGAAACGGAUGGGGCUUUCUCUGAAGAGCAUCCCGCGUUUCUCCGUCUUUAUGCUGACCAUUUCCACCCUCCUCUGCAUCCCUCUCUUCUUCAUGGGCUGCGACACGCAGAAAGUCUCCGAGGUCAAUGAGCAGAUUGGACGGCCAUUAUCCAAGUGCUACGGCAGCUGCUCCUGUCCUGAGAGCGCCUUCCAUCCUGUCUGUGGCUACAACGGCGUGGAGUACAUUUCUCCCUGCCACGCAGGCUGCACUAACUUCACCAAAGACCCCAACAACACUUUCAGAGUUCAGGUGUAUAGCAACUGCAGGUGUAUAACCGGCGAAAAGAGCCUCGCUCACCCAAGGCCUUGUGGAAGCAGCUGCCCUCAUUUUCUCCUCCCAGUCAUUGUGGUCAUCUCUCUGGCAUCGCUGAUCGCGUGCAUCACUCACAACCCACUAUACAUGAUGGUGCUCAGAUGUGUUUCCUUUGAGGAGAAAUCCUUUGCUAUAGGAAUUCAGUUCUUACUUAUGAGAGUAUUAGCCUGGCUUCCAGCUCCUGCACUCUUCGGGAUGGCCAUUGAUAUGUCCUGCAUCCGAUGGAAAACCGUGUGUGGAAAGAAGUUCAGCUGUGGAUACUAUGACAACAGCCUCCUGCGGAGCCGAUACUUGGGUUUACAAGUGGGUUAUAAGGUUAUGGGCAUCAUCCUACUGAUCAUCUUGGGCUGGAAGGCAAAACGGACCCAGGAGUAUGAUCUGGAGAAGAAGCCAGAAGUACAGUUGUGAUCCUGCUGAGACUCCUCUUGUAGCAAAGCUAUGAAGUAGAACAUUUUGAAGAAGCGUGUUCCUUGGAAGGCUGCAUCAGUGAGAGGAAUCCAUAAUCAACAUUUGUCCUCAGUGACCUCGAUUUCUGCCCUGUUUCUGCCAAGUGCCUCAUUGUUGUGAGCGAGGAUGUUUUCCAAAAGGGCUAAAUCCAGAGGUUUUAGCAAUUCUGUCUGGAGUUUGAUGGCCGGAACUCUGAAAAUAUGACACAGUGCGUUGACAUUGGAUCAGAUGUGCGUUGAUUUGGCAUCGGUGGGUUGGGAGUAAAGCAGGAGAGAAGGACCUGCACACAUAAAACAUGUGGAUAAAACCAGCAUGGAUGUGCCAUGCAGCCCCCUGCUGACCCUUUUUGAAAGCAGCUUUGCUCAUUACAAGUCAAGACCGUUUAUAUAUCUAUCAUAUAGUAUGUAGUGCGGGUACUUCACAAAACAUAUUUUUCAUCUAAGAUAAGGAUGUUUAUAGUGAUUUAAGACAGCUAAAUAUCUUUGAACAUUACGUGUUCAUAUUAGGCUGGAAUAGACUUGGGUUUCUGUUUGCAUUGGGAACAUAUUCUUUAACUAAUGAACUUUAUAGCUUAAUAUUUAAGUUAUUUUCUACAUAUUUGUCUCAUACCCUGAGACAUCUUUUAUAAAACGAAAAAAUGGUUUCAUGAAUGGUCAUAUGUAACUUUGUGAUGAAUUUUCAGAUACCGAGCACCUACACUUGCUUUUAUUUUUUAUUUUUGAAUAUAAUAAAUUAUGCACCUAUA